AUGAAUGUUUUCUCUUCUCGAUUUUGCCUCACCUCGAACCAGAUGGCCGAGAUCAACGACAAAAACACAAAGAUCGGACAGAUGGCCGAACAGAUGGAGACCAGUGCCCGUUCGAAAAAGCAGGAUGCGGACAAGUCGGUUCGAGAUGUUGAGGUGUUGCGAAAACAGUUGCGUGAAGAGAAGAAGAUGAAGAAAGCGGCUAUUCACAAAGUCGACGAUCUCCUCUCGCAGGUGAGUGACCCUACAAUUCGAGAGCCUCUACAGACGUUGGGAAAUAACUGA